AUGGGUCUCAACGCUGGCAGUUCUCUGAGAAGGGUCGUUACCCACCACAAGGGCGAGAACUCUGCAAUCCUAUCAGAUGAAGAGCUCAAACUCGUCUCUGGUUUUGGGAGCAACGCCAUCACCAUCUGGAGAAACGACAAGUACCCAGCUGAGCUGGUUGACAAAGAUCCGGUUGGCACUGAUCCAGUAAUCUAUACGCCCGGCUCACUAAUUCGAGUCGUUGACUUUCCGCCCAAUUCCUCAGGACAUAAUCACAGAACUGCAUCGCUCGACUAUGGAAUUGUGUUUGAGGGUGAGCUAGAGAUGGUGUUGGCAGAUGGUUCCAAGACCAUUGUUCGUGCAGGCGAUAUCGUUGUGCAACAGGCGUGGAACAAUCUGACGGAUAAGCCAGCGCGUCUCAUCUUUGUGUUGCUCCCAUCCGAGAAGACUGUCAAUGGCGUCAACGUAUCAGAGACUGGUGUGCCCGAGAAAUAUCUCCCAAGAAUAUCAUAG